AUGGCAGAACCCGUUCACAUCGAACACGGCCACGCCAAAUGGCUCGCAAACAUACGAGAAGCAUUUGAUAGAGACAUAGGCCAAUAUCGAGUUUUUAGAGAAGAAUACCAAUUUUGGUGUGAAAAUGAGGAGACUGAACCACGAGAUGUGGGCAUGAUGAACUACACCUACGAAGCAAAAAUUGAUGUCCAACCAGUGCAAUCAGAGACCGUUAAAGAGAAAUCAAAAUCUAAAAUUGAAACAAAUACAAAAAUGAUUUUAGGAACUUUACCAUCUAAUAAUAUGGCAGGUUUAUCACAGUACUUCCAUGAUAUCAUGAUUCAUAAAAACGUUCAUAUGCCAGUUUCGAUUUUCGAUCCAACUUGGAUCAUACAAGACUCUUUAUUCAUGAAGAAUCGAUCAUUGAAAACAAGUUGUUCAACGAAUGUUAUUUCCUAUGUUGGAUUGCCCUAUUUAAAUGAAUACAGAUUGACACCAAUGCAAUGGUCAACCCGUUAUGAUUUAAUGGUUAAAUAUCAGGAAGAAAAAUAUGAUAUAUUAGAAGCUCAGAAGGACUCACCGAUUGCGCCGAGAUUAAAAGUUCACAAAGAGAAUGUUUUAGCAAUUCAGGCCAAGUGUUACGGGAAAUGGACUCCGGCUAUGCGCUAUGACAUUGCUCAUCGACGUAAUGUUUGGGAGAACAGACUACCAGACGGAUCGAUGGCAGAUGUAGGAAUGCUGAAUGAGGAAUUAGCGGAUAGGGCAAAAGAAGAUGCCAAACAUUUUAACGACUAUAAAUACAUCGAUAAUCCAUAUGCCUUCGGGAACGUUAUGCAGCAUAUUAGUCCGAUCAAUGGUGAAACUUACCCUGAAAACGCGUCUUGGGAUUCCUCAAAUGCUUUAAUCGAUACACAAGCUGAGAUGCUAACUGGCAGAAGUUUGUCGUCAGUAACUAAUAGACCUAUUACACAACCUCUAAUGAGGACAGCAACAUCAGGAAAAGUGGCGGGAAAUGGUUUUAAAGGCAGAUUCUACAACCCGGUUUUUGAUCGCACGAGCCCUCUUUUCAAUCCUAGUGCAUCCCACCCAGCCCCGUACUACAACCCUGCACACUACCCUCAUCCCAAUCCAUCGAACUAUUAUACUGAAAGUUACCAAAACCCGAGAGGAGGUCGUGGAGGUGGAAGAGGUAGUACUCAAAGAGGUGGUAGAGGAUUUACUGCAAGUCGGGGAAGUGGUACUCGUCCUGCAAUCGGCCCGGGAAGUUAUGACAAAUCUUUUGCAGUGAGAGGUGGAGAAAAAGCGGGAGGAAGCGCACCAUCAGGAUCUACGUGA